AUGAUUGCAGUUCUUCUCAGGAACCUUGUGAACUUAGUCUCUGAAGGCUGGUCGUGGUGGUGGGAUGGACUCACUGAAAACACCAUUUUUCGAGUAGUGGCCGCCCUUUUGACUGCAGCAAUUGCCAUUUCUUGGUAUGCCUGGCUCAUCAAGAAAGCAAAUAGAGGCCUCCCACCCUUGCCACCCGGCCCAAGAGGCUUACCGUUGCUGGGAAACCUUCUCUUCAUUGAGCCUGAUCUUCAUCGGUACUUCUCCAAGUUGUCCCAACUCUAUGGUCCCAUUUUCAAGCUUCAGCUAGGCAGCAAGACUUGCAUUGUGAUAAACUCGUCUUCCGUGGCCAAAGAAAUUCUCAAAGAUCACGAUGUGAUUUUUGCUAACCGUGAUGUACCUAUUUCUGUAUUAGCCUUCACAUAUGGGGGGCAGGACAUAGUCUGGAGUCAUUAUAGCCCCGAAUGGCGUAAACUACGCAAAGUUUUUGUGCAAGAAAUGAUGAGCAGUGCAAGCCUUGAUGCUUGUUCUGCACUUAGAAGAAGAGAGGUGCAAGAAAUGGUGAGGGACGUGUAUGGAAAGGUGGGGACAACAAUUAAUAUGGGGGAUCAAAUGUUUCUAACUGUAUUAAAUGUUGUAACAAGCAUGUUAUGGGGUGGAACACUUCAUGGUGAGGAUAGGAGUCGAAUUGGAAUGGAGUUUAGACGAGUCAUUGUGGAGACGGUUGAAUUGGUGGGAAAACCUAAUAUUUCUGAUCUUUUUCCUGCUCUUGCAUGGUUUGAUCUCCAAGGAAUUGAAUCGAGGGCGAAAAAGCUUGUUUUGUGGUUUGAUAGAAUUUUCGAAUCCCUGAUUGCUCAGAGGACACAAGUGGAUGGAGCUGAUGGAGAAGGCAAGAACAAGAGCAAGGAAAGCAAGGACUUCCUGCAGUUUAUGUUGGAGCUGAUGCAUCAAGGAGAUGAUAAAACCUCGGUCUCCAUCACCCAACUCAAGGCUUUGUUCAUGGACAUAGUCGUUGCUGCAACAGACACAUCGUCCACCACAGUGGAGUGGGCAAUGGCAGAACUGCUUCAACACCCACAGACAAUGCAAAAAGCCCAAGAAGAAUUGGAAAAAGUAGUAGGAAAUGAAAACAUUGUAGAAGAGUCUCAUCUCUUCCAAUUGCCCUACUUGGGUGCAGUCAUAAAGGAAACCCUCCGUUUGCAUCCCCCGCUGCCCCUCCUAGUCCCACACUCUCCUAGUACGUCUUGCAUCAUUUCCGGGUACACUAUCCCAAAGGGCUCGCGGAUACUCGUCAAUGCAUGGGCAAUGCAAAGAAACCCCGAGGCCUGGGAGCAUCCAUUGGAGUUUAUACCAGAGAGGUUCUUGGAAGAUGCUGCUAGUGCCGACUACAAAGGCAACAAUUUCAACUUUUUGCCAUUUGGGUCAGGGAGGAGGAUUUGUGCUGGCUUACCUCUAGCUGAAAAGAUGCUGCUAUAUGUUUUGGCUUCUCUUUUACAUUCCUUUGAUUGGAAAUUACCUGAUGGGAGGACAAGCGUUGAUUUGGAGGAGAGGUUUGGAAUCGUUUUGAAGAAAACUGAGCCACUUCUCGCCAUUCCAACUGCAAGAUUGUCCAAUUUAGGCCAUUAUGAUCCAAGUGAAAGAAUAUUUUAA